CCACUAACCCUUGACACUUACAGUUGUACUUCAAAGCUUCUUAAUCACUCUUUCGAAAUUCUUUAAAGACGUUUUUUUUUGGGUUUAUUUCAUCGUCAAUAUCUGUAAAUUCAAGAUUUUGGGUCAUCAAUGGAGGAAGAGAAAGAUGCUUUUUAUGUUGUUAAGAAGGGAGAUGUUAUUGGCAUUUACAAAAGUUUAAGGGAUCUAAUAGCAGAAGCUGGAAUUUCACAGGCAUAUGAUCCUUCCUUGAGGGUAUAUAAAGGAUAUGGCUUGUCAAAGCAGGCUGAGGUGUACCUUGGUUCAUGUGGGCUAAAAAAUGCUGCCUAUUCCAUAAGUGCCUCUGAAGUUAAUGAUAACACCUUUGGCAAACUUGUUCCUUGCCCUCCUCAGCAACCAACUUCUUUCAGAGGAAACACAUCCAACAGGGACCCUUCACCAAAUAGAUUGCAUCAAAUACUUGGAAAGGAUCUGGUUGGAUCAACCUCACUUUACACUGAUCCUAGGAUAAAUCAUAUGAACUUUACUAAUCAAGUGAUGCCUUCAACUCAAAUGAUGCCCUCAAAUUCUCCGUACUAUAUCAUUGAGUUCGAUGGGGCCUCUAAAGGAAAUCCUGGACCAGCUGGUGCAGGAGCUGUUUUACGAACUGAAGAUGGAAGAGUGGUCUGUCGAUUGCGUGAAGGCGUUGGCAUUGCCACGAACAAUGUGGCUGAAUAUCGAGCUGCCAUUUUGGGGAUGAAAUAUGCUCUUAGAAAGGGGUUCAAACAUGUUCGUGUACAAGGAGACUCUAACCUUGUCUGUAUGCAGGUUCAGGGUCGGUGGAAAAUUAAAAGUCAGAAUUUGGUUGAGUUGAAUAAAGUGGCAAAGGAUCUCAAGGAUAAGUUCAUAUCAUUCCAGAUCAAUCAUGUUGACAGGGAAUUUAACUCCGAAGCUGAUGCUCUCGCAAACCAAGCCGUUAAUCUCAUGAAUGGCCAGGUUCAAGAGGACUGGCUGUUGAAGUAAACCCAAGUUUAGGCCAACACUAUCGAAGAUGCCUACGAAGUACUCGAGGUUUUAACUGGUUCAUCACAUUUGUCAAUGCCCUAGCUUGCACAGACAUUAAUGUAGUUUUUAUGAUGGCUGAUAAGGUUACUAGAUCAUAUUCAACCUUUCAGUUAAGCUUUGUUGGUUUGGCCAGGAUAAAAAUCAAACUAACCUUUUAAGCCAACUUUUGUCCAUGUUUAUCAUGAAAUGUGAAUUAUUCUCGGUUACAAUGAGCA